GGAUUUUAAGCUACUUGACUUCCCUCAUCACUAGUUCAACACUUCAAGGUCUUCAACUCCACUUCUCACUAUCAUUUCCUCUUUUCGUCUUUCGCUCGUUUGUGGCGCUGCUAAGUGCUAAUCAUGGCUUUCAUCAUUCGAAGAAGUUUUUCUGAUGUACCUUCAAUGGCAGCUUCUGCAAUAACGGGUAACAAGCUUUCAUCUUUAUUUCAUGUAGAUCCUUCCGAACUUUCGCCCAGAAAAACUACACUAAAAUCAAUUUCCCAAUCUAAUGAAGAUACCCAAUUGCUUCAAUGGUUAAGUACUACUUGCAAAUCAGGCAAUAUCACUAUAGAAGAAGCAAAAUUUUUCUUUGAUCAUAUGAUUCAUUUACACCCCACCCCACCAAUUUCGUCUUUCAAUUGUUUGUUGGGUGCUAUGGUUAAAAUUAAGCAAUUUCAUCCUGUUAUAUGCUAUUAUAAAAGAUUGAAUUUAAGUGGGUUGAUUCCCAAUUUUAUAUCCUUGAAUACUGUGUUGAAUUGUUAUUGUAGUAUGAAAUGCACUAGUGCUGGGUUUUCGGUUCUAGGGUUGAUUUUAAAGAAGGGUUUUAAGGCAAAUGUGAUGACAUUAAACUUUUUGGUUAGAGGGUUGUGUUUAGAGGACAAAAUUGGUGAAGCUGCAGGCUUGUUUAGGAAAAUGGUGCAUUUGGGUUGUAAGCCAAAUGUGGCUACUUGUGGGAUCUUGAUCAAUGGGUUGUGUAGGACGGGGAACGCCAAAGCCGCGUUGCGGUUGCAUCGAGAAAUGGGGAAUGGGAAACUUGGUUUUGGUUUUAAACCUAGUUUAGUGUCUUAUACUGCUCUUAUUGAUGGUCUUUGUAAAGCAGGAUUUGUCCAUAAGGCGAAAACAUUGUUCAUGGAAAUGAAAUCCGAGGGUAUUUCUCCCGAUGUUGUGGCUUAUAGUUCUUUGAUUGAUGGGUUUUGUCAUUUUGGGACAUGGAUAGAGGCGAUAGGACUUUUAAAUGAAAUGUUGGACCAACACAUCCAGCCUAGUGUGGUGACAUUCAAUAUGCUCAUUAGUGUGCUUUGCAAAGGAGGCAAAGCCAAAGAAGCGAAAGGACUGUUGGAGUUAAUGAAGCGGAUAGGUGUGCUUCCUGAUGUGUUUACACAUAAUACACUUAUAGAUGGCCUCUGUUUAGUUGGUAAUGUUGAUGAUGCAAAAGCAGUGUUUGAGUUAUUAGCAAGUAGUAGUGACGGUUGUGAUGUAAUUAGCUAUAAUACUUUGAUGAAUGGAUAUUUUAGAAACCGGAAUGCAGAUGAAGCUAUGAGGCUAUAUGCAGAUAUGAUUAGUGAAGGAAUUAAGCCAACAAUUGUAACAAUGAAUACCUUGCUAACUGGUCUUCUUAAGGGUGCAAGAGUUGAGGAUGCUGGAAAAAUAUUUGGUGAGAUAAGAGAUCUUGGCCUCACACCUAAUUCAAUUACCUAUAACAUAUAUUUGGAUGGGCUUCGCAAAAACGAUUGCCUUCAAGAGGCAUUGGAACUUUUUAAUACUUUAGAAGCUCGUGGGUUUAAGCUGGGAGUCAAGACCUAUAACUGCCUCAUUGAUGGGCUUUGUAAAGAGAAAAACUUUGAAGCUGCCAAAGAGCUGUUCUCUAGAUUACCUUCUGUUGGUUUGCAACCGACAACUGUAACCUAUGGAGCCAUGAUCCAUGGGUUAUGCAUGGAAAGCAAAUUAGAAGAGGCUUACAGUUAUUUUGGAGAAAUGGAAGAGAAAGGAUGUGCCCCUAAUGAUUUUAUAUUCAAUACCCUUAUGCAUGGGUUUUGUAAGAAAAAUGAGAGCAAUAUGGUAGUGGAGCUUCUUCAAGAAAUGAAGAAAAGAAAACUUUCACCAGAUUUAUUCACUGCUUCUAUUGUGGUAAAUUUACUUUCUAAGAGCGAAGAUCAUAAGAAAUUGCUCAAUAUGCUACCAACCUUUCCAAUGCAAGCUAUAGCUAAAGCAUCAGCAAAAAAGUCCUGAUGAUCUGACUAGGCUACAAAAUUCUGUCUCUUCUUACUUCCCUGAAAGUGAGAUUUAUCUGAUUAUAGAGGAGCUGCUCUCCGUGGCAGAUUUGAGCCUAUAUUUAACAGAUUGACAUGGCCCACCACCUCACAUACCUAGGAAGCUGAGUCUUAUUCCUGUAGUCUCAGUGACUUCAAUUUUAAUAUGUACACACAGGCAGUCAUUUUCUCAGACAAUUUGAGCACAUCUGGUUGGGUCAUAGGCUGGUUCUUGGUAGCACCUGUCACCUUCGUAGUAUGCCAAUUUAUGGGCUUCAUGGUUUCAAGAUGAUACUAAGAUUCCAGGACGAGCAGCACCACUGACAAGGUUGAGGAUGCCCCUUACUCUUACCUCCGUCAAUUGUAGGCUAAAAUAACCUCAUUUGGAAGCAUUUUAGCUCUCUGGAAAGCCAUUGGACCUAUGUAGCAGUGAAAAAAAUGGAAGCAAAGUGAUCGAGAACAAUUGGAGGCUGCCUAUUUUCUGAUCUGAGUUGGCAUUACAUGAUAUCAGGCUGUGAUGUAGAUUAUCGCUUGUUUUCUGUAGAGACUUGCCCUUGGAUUCAUCAUUCAUGCUAUGAGAACAACUGCGUGAUCAAACUUGUAAGUCUACUGGUACUGAGCAUAAAUCAAUCUACUUCAAAUUUUCAUUUGUGAGUUAUGACAGAUAUUUAUCAUCUUAGUAGAUUAUCGGCACAAUCAAACUCAUUCAGACAUUCCCAAAUCCCUAUGCAUGUAUUGCUCAGAUCAUGUAUGUUCAUUUUAAUUUUCUUUUUCUUGCAGUUAUAUCUGCUAUAUGAGUUGCAUGGUCAGCCUUUUAACGCGAUAUAAACUGGUUGUUUUUGCUGCAGCUGUGGCAGUGAGUCUUAAGAGAGGAAUGCGAGUGUGAUGAUCAAAGUAGCAUAGCAACUUCUAUUGAAGAAAUCGAUAGAGAAGACCAUUUCCUCUUGGCUGCAUAUGGGACAAAGGAGCAAAUUCCCUGAUGUCUUUUGGGUGAAGUUUUACAUGCAAAUGCAUACCGAAGAUUUGUGGUUGUGUGAGGAGGGAGGUUUGCAGUUUGGCAUAUUUGGAAAAAAAAUUCUGGGUUGAGAAAGGCAGUUUUCCCAGCGAGUGACCUUGUAUCGUAGGUAUGCCUGGUAAUUUGUUUCGGAAAUGGUGACAUAUAUGGAAGAUUCAGUGUGCUCAGGUUAAGGGUAAAUUUUCCGUAAUCAAAUUUAUACUGUGAAUCUGUAAUAGAUUUCUUUUUCAGUACAACUGUCUGUGUAUUAUGUUAACUUCUGCUUGACACUGGUGCAGAAGUAUCAUUGUAACAAUGAUAUAAAAUUCUAUAACAUUCUCAAUCUAUAACUUCCCAAAUUGUGUAUUGAAAUUCUUCUUGUAUGCCUAUAUUAUGCUGUUGCCUGGAAAUUAUUUUGACAUAUCAUUUCAGUGGUAUUGAUAACGAAUAUUUGAUUGUUCUAUACUGUUAUAACUAAAAUUACAACCACACCACAGCACAGCGCUAGGAGCUGCAAAAUGUUUUACCUGAAACUCACAACAAUCCAGAUUGACUGCUGGUGCCUUGGGGGGUAAGAGCAGAACUAGCAACCUUUAAAGGAUAACACAAAACAAAUCCGACUUGAGGUUCAUUACUGAGAGAAAUUCAAAGUGGACAUGAUAUGAACAUAAAUCAACCCCUUCUGACUGAAUCUAACCCAUUUGCCAUAUCAUGGCUUUUAUCUCUAUAAUUUUUGAUCUAUUUUGUGAGCAACUUGAAAAAUGACACGAAACCAAACACAAACGCGACCCAUUCAUACAAAUCGUCAACUCUUGAGACCUACACACCUGCAGUCUUAGCAGAAUUCUAAUUCGGACUGAUAUUGUUGUAGUUAGUGUCCAAGACUUAAACUCUGCAAGUUUAUGAGAAGUUACUGACAUUGCAUGCCUGUCAACCUGUCAUAUCUUCCUAUGAUACAUAAUACAUUAUACAUCUAACAUAAAGUUCGUGUACUUGAUUAUUAUUGUGUGAUUUAAAUUUCCUUCACAUUGUGACAAAUAAAUUAAUUGCUAUGUAACGAAAAAAAAAAAAAAAUCAUGUUUUCUGCUCAUUUUAUAGAUGAACUUCCUGAAGAACAUGACCCACUUGGUAUCAUUACUAGUAAAAUUCACAUGCAAUUGACAACUUUCCUUGUAUCAUUCGAGCAAUUUCUGUUUCAAAUGCAUGGAAGUUGCAAAAUGUUUAGUAGAAAAGUUAGAAAAAAACAGCUACUCUAUUUAUUUCAUAUUAUUUGUACAAUAUCUAUAAAUACAUAUUUUAGAAAAAGUAAUGUAAUAGCUAAUUAAUCAAUAAAUUAUGUGUAUAUGAUAAAAAUCAAAGGGCUUGUUUUGAAAUAAAGAAUGUAUUACGAAGUUUUUAUGAUGGGUAUGAUAUAUCAAUUCAAUUUGUCAACUCUUAAAUGCUUUAAUUUUACCUAACAUACAGUACUCUGUUUAAUAUGUGUGCAUAACCUUAUAAUAUAUGUACCUUGGUUCAAAAUGCCUACCGUUUUAUUAUUGAUCCUUCUUUGAGUAAUGAAACAAAAACUUGUGUCUUCAAAUUAAAAACUGAAAAAAAUACUUCAAAUGAUUUGCUUUCUUUUGCAAAAUUAUAUCAAGUCAAUCUCACAGCUGACAAAUUAGAUUAAUAAAAAAAAAAAAAAAA